AGUUAUACACUGAACAUCACAACAUUGCAAGGUUUUGAAACUUUUAUGUCAAGUCUUAAAAACAAAACAUUUUGCCCAAGCAAACAAGGAAUUGGAGUGGAUCUUGUAUUAAGCUGUGUGGAUAACUAUGAAGCAAGGAUGGUUGUAAAUCAGGCCUGCAACGAAUUGAAUCAGACAUGGAUGGAGUCUGGUGUGUCUGAGGAUGCUGUUUCAGGUCACAUACAAUUGCUAAUUCCUGGAGAAACAGCAUGUUUUGCAUGUGCACCACCUUUGGUUGUAGCAUCUGGAGUAGAUGAACGAACGCUCAAGCGUGAAGGGGUCUGUGCUGCAUCUUUACCUACUACCAUGGGGGUUGUUGCUGGGCUUUUAGUUCAGAACACACUCAAGUAUUUGCUGAAGUUUGGAUAUGUAUCCCCAUACUUGGGAUAUAAUGCUCUUAAAGACUACUUUCCAACUAUGGAAAUGAAGCCAAACCCUCAAUGUUCAAAUGCAGCUUGUCUAGAACGACAGAACGAAUAUAUUCUUGCAAAGCCAGCUCGGGAUGCUGCAGCUAAAGCAAAGAAGGAAGAAGCAUCAGAACCAGAGUGCCCAAUUCAUGAUGAUAAUGAAUGGAACAUAAGUGUUCUUGAUGAUAGUGAGGUGCUUACUACAGAUGUCAAAAGCUCAGAUGCACUUCCUGAAGGUCUCGUUCGUGAGCUUCCAAGUGCAGAUGAGUUUCAGAAAGCAUCUGCUCAUCAAGACACGACUAACUCCAUGGAUGAUCUGGAAGAUCUACGAAAACAGUUGGAUGCCCUUAAUGCUGACUAACCCCAUCCUACACUUGUUGAAAUGCAAGCCACUGCAAAUUACAGAUUGUUUUUCUUUGGAGUUUUGUUUUUAUUUUUCCUAGUUUACAAAGAAUAUCAUGAGCAAGUUAAAAAUGUCUUCUUGUUUAAUCAUGAUCAGUAACAUCUAACCCUAUGUUGUACUAACAUUAUUUGGUUUUUUUUUUUUUUUUUUAAGACGUUGAAAUAUCAGUUCAUAUAGAUGAAUUAUCGAUUUAUUUUA